GCAUAUAGAGAGAGUAGUUAGCAACUUAGCUUUGAAUCGGAUCUUGAGCAGAAUUUGAAGUAGAUGUGUGAGGCUCCGAAUGGGUAAUUUGAGUUUAUAUUCAUCGCAACGGAGUGCGCGCAAGUGGCAGCUGCUUGAUUUUAUGAUUGCCGCUUUCUUUGCGGCGGUGUUAAUUUUUUUCGUCCUUGUCUUCACGCCACUGGGCGAUCCUCUGGCGGCGUCGGGCUUGCAAGCGCUGCUCUCCGGGGAUUCGCAGCACCGCAACCGUCUACUUGCACUCGUAGGGGAGUCGGGCAGGCAGAUGCCUCCGCUUCAGCUCUGCCCUGCUGAUUAUGUGGACCACAUGCCAUGUGAAGACCCCAAAAUCAACAACCAACUCAGUCGAGAGAUGAAUUACUACAGGGAACGGCAUUGUCCUUCGCCUCAGGAUACGCCGCUCUGCUUGAUUCCUCCGCCCCAGGGUUACCAAGUUCCAGUCCGGUGGCCUGAGAGUUUGCAUAAGUGGCAUGAUGGGGCAGUCGUCCUAUGAUGGAUGUCCUUUUGCUGAUCUAUUCAAAUUUCUUUGUUUUGGGAAAAAGUUCUAAUGGUUCUUUCUUGUUUCAAAUAUUUCACGAUAACAUGCCUUAUAAUAAAAUAGCAGACAGGAAAGGUCACCAAGGAUGGAUGAAAAGAGAAGGUCCGUACUUCAUCUUUCCUGGAGGUGGCACAAUGUUCCCAGACGGGGCAGAACAAUAUAUUGAGAAACUCAAACAGUAUAUUCCUAUAGCUGAUGGAGUUUUGAGGACAGCUCUUGAUAUGGGAUGCGGGGUUGCGAGUUUCGGUGGUUAUUUACUUUCCAAAGACCUGUUGACCCUUUCUUUUGCCCCAAGAGAUUCACACAAAUCACAAAUACAAUUUGCUUUGGAGCGAGGAGUACCUGCACUUGUUGCCAUGCUUGGGACCCGCAGGCUCCCAUUUCCUGCCUUCUCAUUUGAUUUGGUGCAUUGUUCUCGUUGUUUGAUUCCUUUCACAGCAUACAAUGCAACAUACUUCAUCGAAGUUGACCGGUUACUUCGCCCAGGAGGCUACUUCGUUAUUUCUGGCCCUCCUGUUCAAUGGCCGAAACAGGACAAGGAAUGGGCAGAUCUUCAAGCUGUUACCAGUUCUUUGUGCUACGAAGUUAUUGUUGUGGAUGGUAACACUGCCAUCUGGAGAAAGCCCAGUGGGGAUUCAUGUAUUCCAAACAAAAAUGAAUUUGGACUUGAAUUGUGCGAUGAAUCUGAUGAACCAAGUCUUUCUUGGUAUAUGAAGCUGAAAAAAUGUGUGAGCAGGGCAUCUUAUGCGAAGGGAGGAGAUUAUGGUAUCGGGUCGAUCCCAAAAUGGCCACUGAGGCUGACAGAAGCUUCUUCAAGGAUCAAUUUAUUAAGAAGUGGAAUCAAUGUUUUUGAAGCAGACAAUAGAAGAUGGGGCAGGAGGGUAGCAUAUUACAAAAGGUCAUUGAACUUGAAACUGGGAACCCCAGAUGUACGGAAUGUGAUGGACAUGAAUGCAUUUUUGGGUGGCUUUGCUGCAGCACUGAUAUCUGAUCCUGUUUGGGUGAUGAAUGUUGUUCCUGCUCGUAAGCCCUUAACGCUUGAUGUCAUUUAUGAUAGAGGCCUUAUUGGAGCUUACCAUGAUUGGUGUGAGCCUUUCUCGACAUACCCUCGGACGUAUGAUCUGAUUCAUGUAGCUGCUAUUGAAUCUCUUACAAAGGAUCCUGAUUCAGACAAGAGCAGGUGCAACCUUGUGGAUUUGAUGGUGGAAAUUGAUAGAAUGCUGAGGCCAGAAGGAACGGUAAUAAUUCGAGAUUUGCCUGAAGUGAUUGACAGAAGCAAUCGGAUAGCUCAUGCUGUAAGAUGGACUACAACUAUUUACAACAAAGAACCUGACUCCCACGGGAGGGAUAAAAUUCUGGUAGCAACAAAGAAGUCUUGGAAUCUAUCUUCAACCUCCCACUGAUCAAUCCUGUUUCCUUGGUUAACCCAAGUCGCAGCGUGGUUUCGAAUGCCUAUGCACAAUUUGUGCGAAUUUGUUGUUUCAGAACUUGAAGGGGAAAAGAAAUGCAGAGGAUAUGAACACUUAAAACAGCUCCAACGUAUGUGAUUUAUAUUGUAUUAUUGUAUACUACCUUUUUCAUUCUUGCUGGCAUUUUCAAUCACAUCCUCUGUUUUUGUUAAGAAUAUGUGUCUGUGGGCAUGGAUUUUAUUCCUGGCAUUGCGGCCUGUGAGAGCAAAAACGUGAAUGCAUAAGAUGAUGUGUUUGGAAAAAGAGCAUGUCUGGAAUUAGGGUGCUUCUCCUUCCGUCAUCUAUAGUCCCUGCAUCGGUGGAGUAUAAGCUCUACUAUAGUUUGCAGUGUUGCCCUAGAGGAGGGUUUAAAACAAGCGCAACUUGAGACGGGUUAGGUUCUUAAAAAUUAUGGUCCUUGUAAAAAAAGUUAAAAAAAUAUCAAUAUUGGUCCGGU